AUGGCGUUUGAACGCGUCGAGAAUCGGGAGAGGGAUCUCUCAUACGACUCCUCUCUCCCGCCCUUCCUCCAGCGCCUCCGUGCCGACAACACUGGGGGCUCCACAGCCGUACCACGCCCCAAGCGCGCCCCAAACCCUGACGCUGACGAGGAGGAUGAGCCGGUCUAUGUAGACGAAGAGGGGGCAGCUCUCGAUGAUGAUGAGCUACACAGUUUAGGUGUGACGAAAAAGGGCGCAAAGAAAGGCGAGGAAAUUGCGGAGGAGGCCAAGCCAGAGGCGCGAGGAAACGAAAAGGUUGGGAAGGUUGUAGGGGCGCCAGAGCAGGAAGAAGGGAAAGUCAGUGAUGCCCCCGGGAAAGAUAAACAGGCGCCGCCACAGAAGAAAAAGAAGGUCAAGAAGGUGAAGCUGAGCUUUGGGGAUGAUGAGUGA